AUGUCAGAAGAGUAUAAAAUGCUAUUAAAAUCCUAAAAUACAAGUCAAUCAUUUUAGAGACUACUAUAAGAUAAGCUUGGCAAUUAAGAAGUAUUACUUACGACAAUCUGCCAAUUUUCUAAACUACCUGUGACUAUACCAAUCAGACAUAAUCCUACUGGAUACAUUCAUUGCGUAUUUGAAUUAGAAUGUUGGCUUGAACAUUAUUCAUUAAUGUAUAAAAAGGUCGAACCUAGUGGUUUCGCUUGUCCUGGAUGCAGAAAGUUUGCAAAUUUUAAAGAAUAUGGUGUCGAUUACACUUUCUAUCAUGUUUUAUAAGCGCUAGAACUCUUCAAGAUAAGGAACCCUGAUAUUUAAAUAAAUGCAUCUCAAUUGAUAUACAAGCAUAGCAACAAGAGCUAUUAUGUUGAAGAAAAAAUAACUAAGAAAAGAUUUUAAUUUGCAGGCUCAAAUCCCGUAUUGGGAGUAACUAAAAGACAACAGGGACUUAAUCUAGAGUUAACUUCGCCAGAAAACGCUUUGAUUGCAGAUGAAAUUAGUUAAACAUUAGUGAAAUUGCAAUCAUUAAUUUAUAGUAGAAUUUAAAAGACACUUAAAUUACCUAAUAAAUCUUAAUUGACUUUUAAGGAUUUACAAUCUUAAGUUGCACUUAGGAAGUUUGACCUUAAGUAGGUCUUGACUAAAUCCAUGAAAUUAAUAUCUUUGGGAAAACAAUCCUUGUAAAAAGAUUAUGUCUUUGCAUUCAAGAAGAUAACUACGAACAAUCAAGUUUAAUCAAUACUAAUUGUUUAUUUGGUGUAAUAUGGUAUUUGGUACGAGUUUUCAUUAAAGUUUAAAGGAUAACCGUAUGUAUAGUUAGAAUAGGCACUCUACAUCAAAGGGGAGGGAAGCCUUACUCAUAAUCACAUAUAUGUGAUUGGAGGAAGAAAGGCGGAGAGAGAUUUCCUUCCCAAAAUCUAUGAUUUAGAAUGGAUAAGAAGCAAAAAUAACGGAAUUGCCUAAAUUGCCAAAGGAAGUAAUAUCAAAUUUAUAAUCAUUAGAUUGCUAUUUGUAUUCUAUGGUCAGAAGUAAAUAUAACAUUUUGAUAAUGCAAUUCGACAUGAAUUAUUGAAUUGUUAGUAUGUAUUUAGGAACAAUCGUUGGGAAGAGCUGAAAUUAAAACUUGUGGAAAGGUUUGAUGGAAGCUUCUUCACAAUUAGUCACUUUGCCUUUGAUAAAUUGAUUGUAUUCUUUGGAGGGGUCUCUAGAGAGCCUGAUAGUUUCGGAAAUCACAGAGGACCUCAAUAACACUUGGGUUAGAUAUUUGCUUGUAAAGAGGAAAAGUUUGUUGGGGAAUAAAAAUAGGAUUUUUAAGUUAAAUUCCUUGAUGAUGAUCCAUAUCAUAGAAGUGUGUUGGCAAAUCCUGUAUUUAGUUGUCCCUAUUAUGGAACCAAUUAAUUGCUAUUAUCUGGAGAGAGCAUGAAGUUCAAAAAUACUGAUCAAAGACAAGUCUACACAUUUGAUUGGGGUAAUGCAACUCUAAAAAUGAAUGAUUUAUUCUCUUUGGACCCUCCAGAGCACGUGCUCACUCCAUACAAAAGAAAAACAAUUGGUAAUGACAUCUUCAGUCCUGUUCAAGAUUCUGAAGGUGCUCUAGCUUACGGGAAUUUCUUUAUAAUUCAACACUAUGAAGCAGAACAAGGAUAUUAUGAUAAAAAUCCAAAAAUAAUAACAUAAUUAUUGAAAGUCAAUUUAACAAAUGGAUCAUUUGUUGCGAUUCCAUAUUUAGAUUCUAAGAUCUCUAAGGAAAUAGCUGAUCAAAUUUAUGAGAAAUUGGAAGACAAGAAGAAUCAAGAAAUUUGA